AUGCAUGAAUUUAUACGAUUAAAAAACGUGAAGCUUUCACCUACAUCAACUAAACAGACUGAUCAAGAUGCAAGUAAAAUGAAUAGCGAUGAUGAAGAUAAUGCUCCCGAAAUGGGCAUGUUCAACGCGGAAGACAGUACUAUGGACAAUAUGGAGAACCAAGAUGCGGAAAUGUUUGAAAAUGAACUUACAGAAGAUCUUGACUGUGAAAUGGAGAGUUCAAAUAUUACUAUUCCUAUUUUGCCAACUAAGGCUGGUAUGAAUUCUAUAACAUUUCUUGACUUAUCCAGUUGUGGUAUCAGCAGCACCGGGCUCGGGGAUAUCGCCUCUUCUUUGGAGCAGAAUAAGGUAUUGACAACUUUAAUUUUGCGUAACAACGCAAUUGACAAGCCACUACGUCGGUCUACUCAGAUAGUUACACAUACCGACACCCUGAAUGCUUCAGCUGAGGUCAGUAAUUCAUCAAUAGCAUCAGGCUUUUUGACCUUUGCAAAUAUGCUACGAAUCAAUCAAACCUUGAAGAAUAUCGAUCUUGGUCACUGUCAAUUGCAACGUAAAAGCAUCAUUUGCCUGGCAGGUGCUCUUAAAGAAAACAAAGUACUUUCUGCAUUAAAUCUUGAGGGUAAUCCCAAGGCAUUUUCAUGGAGUACUGGGACACAGGAAAACUCUUUACUCACUUUACUAUGCUCGAUUGAACAGUCCUACUCCUUGAAUAUUUUGAAUCUUAGCAAUAACGACUUAGAAGAAUCAUUAUCUGGAGAGGAAAUUUACGCACUUGCCAACAUUAUCACAAGGCUCACUACUUUGCAUUUAUGCAAUGUUGGACUAAAUGGCGAUCAUAUAAUGAGAUUGAUUGCUGCCAUUGGUGACCGUUCGUGUGCUCUGUGUGUGCUUAAGUUGGCGCGUAAUCGUUUUGUGAGUGAGGAUGGUCAACAUAUUGGCGCUUUUCUAAAUUUGUGCAAUAAUAUAAAGGAGUUAAACUUGGAUGGAAACACCAAACUGGACUCUGACGGCUUGUUUUCCGUGCUCGCAUCACUGCCCAAUUGCAGUCUUUCCUGGUUAAGUUGCAAUGGAACGGCGGUGGUGGCAGCCAGUGCCAUCCCUUCCUUUGUUAUGCAACAUUUGACCUACCUUAGUUUGUCUGACAUUGAGGUGAAGAGUUCUAACGACCUUGCAUCGUGGGUCAGUCUACUCUCCGAGUGUGGCGGUAAAAUUCGCUUUUUAUCACUAUGGAGUCGACAUCUUGACAUGCUGUUAAGCCUUGAUACCCUAAAAGAGAUGGUUAAAGCUAUGCACUCACUUCUCUAUGGGGAUUUCGGUGUCUUGCUUCGUUUUGAUGUCAUGGAAGACCAAUUCCAUGCUCUGGAGGAGAUGGAGAAUUUAUUUUCUUCAAGACGAGCCGUAUCAAUGGCCACAAAACUGUAAUAUAAACUUAUUUAGAGCUUUGAUGUAUAUUUAUUUCGGUUGAUGUAAUUAUUUCUUCAUUUAUGGUAUUAUUUGCUUGAUACAACGCUGCUGUUAUCGUUAUUUUAUUCUA